AUGGAUUCUUCCAUGGAUGCACGUCCCUUGGAAAUGUGGGACCGUUCAUAUCCAGUAGAUUCUAUAAUCGGCACCUCACGAGUAUCUCGUAGAUACAAGAAACCAACUGAUGCACCCGAUCACAUGCUUGAUUUUCGUCGAGAAACAACUGAUAUCCCUAUUGCUAGGUUUGCUUCUCGGCCUCGGCUAAGAGAGAGACGAAUUUCACCUCCAUCAACAUAUCGUCAUGAUGCUACGUUUUCAGCAUCAAAGCUAAUACGAGAACGAACAUCGAGCAAACCAAGAUUUUGCUCAUAUCACAAACUUUGUCGAGAAUAUGUAUGGUCUCUCAAUUGGCCACAAGAAUAUUUCAAUCAUCGUUUUAAUCGUUGCUAUUGUUCUCAAUGUUAUCCAGAGCAUUAUAAAGAUGUAUAUAUAACAGCUGGCGCGUCCUAUGUUAUUCCUCGAGGUUGGGUUCGUUUUGGUCUAUAUGUCGAUGAUGUUAAAGCCAAUCGUGAAGAUUUAUGGAACACAUGGAUUGUUACGUACCAUGGAACAAAACUACCAGCUGCGCAAUCUAUUAUUGCUCAUCGUCAAUUUUUGUUACCCGGUGAUACGUGUGAUGAUGGAACCAUAAUUGGUAUUCGUAAAGGUCACAUACCUGGCAAAAAACAAGUCUACACUUCACCAACAAUUAAGUAUUCGAGUUUGGAUUGUUACUGUGAGAAGUACUCAUAUCAAACCACCGACGGUCAAUGUUAUCAGGCGAAGAUUGUUCUUCAAUGUCGACAGCAGCCUGGUACUUAUGAAACUCAAGGUGAAACAGUUGGUAGUAGAUCCAAACGAAUUUGUAACAUAAUACCGAAUGAUAGAAUCGAAAUUUUUACGACUGUGAGAGCAGCAGUUGUACCCUAUGGGCUACUAGUACAACUUACACCAAUGUAA